UCGAGAUCCUGGCGAGAGAGGUUGCAAUAUGGCGGCCAGCUGUUGUGGAGUUAAAAAACAAAAACUAAACAAUUCAAUGCCUGCCUCUAUGUGUUGUAAUGGAUCCUCAGUUCAUCCCAAUGGUUACAAACACAACUAUUCUGUGGCUAGAAUAGAGAUGUGUAUAUUUUGUUUUGACGUUCUCCAUAGCCAUCUUCACAGUUAUGAACCACCCAAAAACCCGUCUUUCACUAAUGAAGCCUUUCCUCUGUUUGUCACCUGGAAGAUCGGUCAUAGCCGUCGUCUGCGAGGUUGCAUUGGAACCUUCACCUCUAUUAGUCUUCACAGCGGCCUCAGGGAAUAUGCAGUCACCAGUGCUAUUAAAGAUAGCCGGUUUAGUCCCAUCGCCAAGGAAGAAUUUAGCAAGCUUCAUGUUUCCGUGUCCAUCCUGACCAACUUUGAGGAUGCCCGUGAUUACCUGGAUUGGGAGGUGGGAGUCCAUGGAAUCAGGAUAGAAUUCCUCAAUGAGAAAGGCCACAAGAAAACAGCUACUUACCUGCCUGAGGUUGCCAUAGAGCAAGGAUGGGAUAUUCUACAGACAAUUGAUUCUCUUCUAAGGAAAGGUGGAUAUAAGGGACCAAUAGACCAUGAAGUGAGAAAAUCACUUAAACUAACUCGUUAUCGCAGUGAAAAAUUGACAUUAGGAUAUAACGACUAUGUGGCCAAUAAGCAGAAUGGUCAUGCAUGAUGCCGGUGAAUUUUAGGAUUCGGGCAGCACCACACCUUGAUCAUUGCAGUAUAAAAGAAGAACAAUAGCAGCAUGAAAACAGCGUAUUAUAGAAGCAUAAAUGUAUAUGUCAGCAUAUGGUAAAAAGAAGAUAAAUAGAUUCUUUGGUAUGAUUGGAUAGAA